GCGCGGGCUACAGUUCAAGUUGCAUUUUAGAUGUGAACGAAUGCACAUCGUUUUCGGUUAUACGGGGAUGAACUUUUAUUUCGUGUGAAUAUCGAAGAAAAUCCUUUUUCGCUAAGGUUUUUUCCCGGUUUGUGUUCAUUGUGAUUCGUCUGGUUUUCGAGUCUUACCUGGUGUUUUUAGGAAAUUUUCAAGCCGAAAUUAAAAUAAAACACCUGAACAUUCGACACUAGCAAGAAAAAAAGAAAAAGAUCUUCGGUCCCCUUUCAUCCUCCGACACGUUUAAGAGCAACAGAAAAUCGAUUAUCGUUCGAGUUAUCGUCGUCUAACAAGUGAGAUCGAUCGAUCGAUCUAUCAACGGUGACAUCGUAGAGAGUAACAACUAAAAACGAACAGGAUGAAACGAACAUCGAUAAUAUCUAACAAUUUUCUGCUACGAGUCGGCCUCUAUGCUCUUCUAAUUGCUGCCAGUUUAGCUGCAUCUACGAGAUCACGCAGUAAGAAGAAGGUAACGAAAGAAACGAAGGAAGUAAACGUCUGCGACAUCCAAGGCCAAGAAGCACCAAUAUUUUGUUACUGCGAUAGCAACAAAUUAAGGAAUGCAACUACUGCGAAUUGUUUGGUGUUGAACAAGUUCAAGGUAGAUGACCCUAUGUGGACCUAUUUCGUAUCUCAGAUUCAUCUUACGAAAUUAAUGUUCACGGUUCGCGCAUCCGGUGCUCUCGAUUACGUACCAACCAAUGUUCUAAAACAAUUUAAAAAUCUCAAGAGUGUUACAUUCGAAUAUGCUAAACUGAACGAACUUGCCGAACGAUCUUUCUCCAAUCUAUCAGAAGUUACUGAGAUCAAUCUCAGCAAGAACACGAUCGCCGUUCUGAAAAAAUAUGCUUUUGAAAAUAUGAAGGAAUUGAAUGUCAUCAAUUUGGACGACAACAGGAUAACUGAAAUUAAUAGAGAUGUGUUCGUGAAUUUACCAAACCUAGGAACACUUUAUCUAAACAACAACAACAUCACGACCGUCCAUGAUAAAGCAUUCAAGCAUCUAAUCAAUCUCCAGGAGCUCCAGCUGAGUUCGAAUGAGAUAUCAGUGAUCACGCGCGAGAGUUUCCACGGUCUGAGAAAUCUUAAACGUCUUGAUCUUCGAAAUAAUGAAAUAUCGAUGAUCGGUGAUAAUAGUUUCGUUGAAAUCCCAGAAUUGACCGAACUCGAACUCGAUCAAAAUUCGAUCGAAUAUAUUUCGGAAAAAGCAUUGGACGGUUUGAGAAAAUUAAAGAAACUACGCCUAAGCGAAAAUAAAUUAGUCAGCUUAGAACCAGACUUCCUAUCCGGUGCACCGAGUAUCUAUUUCCUCGAUCUCAGAGAUAACGACCUCAAGACUAUGACUUUUAACAACAUCAAACCGAUCGUCACGAAUCUAUACAACAGCAGCAGCCAUUUCUACUUGGACGGAAACAAAUUGAUCUGUGACUGCAAUCUUGCCUGGAUUUGGGGUUUAAGGAACGAGACGAAGAAUAUCAAGUUACGGGAUGCCCUCGAGGAGCUUAUUUGUUUCCUCGAAAGUAAUAAUACAGCACUAAAGAUCAACACCGAGGAUCUAGAGAGGAAUCAGGAACUCGAGAUCACGCGAAAUUCUGAUUCAUAUUUGGCUGAUAAUUUGAAAAUAGGAAAUAAGGAAGACGAGGACAACUACUUAGGUGACGUGGCUAAUGAAAGUUAUGAAAAUUUGGGUGAAGAAUAUGAGGAUUCCUCGUUGGAUAGUAAUUCGCAGCCUAAGGUGCGCAUAUUGGAUGGAAAGGUGUGCUACGUGAAGCAUUUGUUCGAUCUAAAGUUAGAGGAUCUACCAUGCCCGGAGACCACAAGGGAGGACCUAAUGGCUUCUGAGCAGCCAUCCAGUCGUCACGAGAAUGCACCAGUGGGUUCCUCGGGUUCCAUAUGGUAUCCAUCCUCGGCGCAGACUCACCAAGUCAACCGAUUCGUCUAUGCUAGUUCACUUCUAUUACUCCAAAUAGUUAUCUUUCCCUUUUCAACCUUCAUUUUCACGUAGAAGGAAGUGACUAGAAUUUUUCUCCGGGCACCGAAUCAUUAACAGAGAAAUCAAGAAGGAAGAAAAAUACUUUGUUGUAACCAUCGAAUAUAUUGGUAACAACAUGAAAAUUCUAUAAAACCUAUAGGAAAAUUUUCCAUUCCCAUAAAUGCGAUGGUAUUAUAUCUUUCUCCUAUAUCCAUCUAUCCCCCUCAACCCCGUUAGACGAUAUAUUUGUAGUUUCAAUUCCUUAGAUUAAAUUUUGCUCGGCUUUUGAGCUUGCUUCGUAGAUCUCUUCUCUACCUUUUUCUCUUUUUUAUUUUUCUUUUUUUUUUAAGUAAGAGAAGAUAGAUGCUUUGCGAGAGAACAAGGGAAAAAGAGGAAGACAAUAAAAAGAAAUAAAGAAAGGAAAGGAAGAAAGUGUAUGAGAGAGAGAGUGAGAGAGAGAGAGAGAAAGAGAGAAAGAAUAAAAAAGCACUUUAACUUUCUUAUUUUUCAUGCCGAGAAAGGGACAGAAAUUUGUUAAUUCUAAUGCUAAUUCUCGUGGCAUUUUUAAUGUAGUAGUGCACUUAAUAUCAAUAUAAUAAUAAUAAAAAAAAAAAGAGAACAAUUGAGAGAGAGAAAGG